CCGCUCACAGGAUCAGUGCUCCACCCGUAACAGCAGCAGCCAUGAUGCAAGAAGGGCUGGACGAUGGUCCCGAUUUCCUUUCGGAGGAAGACAGAGGGCCAAGGGCCGUUAAUGUGGACCUCCAGACUGAUGCUACACUACAAGUGGACAUUUCAGAUGCUCUUAGUGAGAGAGACAAAGUGAAGUUCACUGUCCACACAAAGAGCACUCUACCCAACUUUAAGCAGAACGAGUUCUCUGUAGUAAGACAACAUGAAGAGUUCAUCUGGCUUCAUGACUCCUUUGUAGAGAAUGAGGAGUAUGCUGGUUUCAUUAUCCCGCCUGCUCCGCCAAGACCAGACUUUGAUGCUUCGCGAGAGAAGCUACAGAAGCUGGGUGAAGGUGAAGGCUCCAUGACCAAGGAGGAGUUCACUAAGAUGAAACAGGAGCUUGAGGCUGAAUACUUGGCCAUCUUCAAGAAAACCGUGGCAAUGCAUGAGGUUUUCCUGUGUCGUGUUGCUGCCCAUCCUGUUCUUCGAAAAGACCUAAAUUUCCAUGUUUUCCUAGAGUACAACCAAGAUCUGAGUGUACGAGGCAAAAACAAGAAAGAGAAACUAGAGGACUUCUUCAAAAAUGUUGUAAAGUCAGCAGACGGAGUACUUGUGGCAGGAGUGAAGGAUGUAGACGACUUCUUUGAACAUGAGAAGACAUUCCUCUUAGAGUACCACAACCGUGUCAAAGAUUCCUCCAUGAAGGCUGACAGAAUGAUCAGGACUCACAAAAGUGCUGCUGAUGACAUCAACAGAAUUGCUUCCACACUGUACACUUUAGGGACCCAGGACUCAACAGAUAUGUGCAAAUUCUUCUUAAAAGUUUCUGAGCUUUUUGAGAAAACACGGAAAAUUGAGGCACGAGUUGCUGCUGAUGAGGACUUAAAACUUGCCGACUUGUUGAAGUAUUACCUCAGGGAGUCACAAGCUGCUAAGGACCUUCUGUACAGACGAGGAAGGGCAUUAGUUGACUACGAGAAUGCCAACAAAGCCUUGGACAAAGCCAGGGCCAAAAACAAAGAUGUCCUUCAAGCAGAAACCACCCAGCAAGUGUGCUGCCAGAAAUUUGAGAAAAUCUCUGAAUCAGCUAAACAAGAACUAAUAGAUUUUAAAACAAGAAGAGUAGCAGCAUUCAGGAAGAACCUGGUCGAACUAGCUGAGCUUGAACUCAAACAUGCGAAGGGUAAUCUUCAGUUGCUGCAAAGCUGCCUGGCUGUUCUAAAAGGGGAUACUUAAACUCUAGAUUAAAGUGUACUAGGGUUUUCCCUGUUUGGUCCGGUCUUACAUGGAGGCUGGAGGAGAGAGUGUACCCGAGAUCUGUUUGUAAAGGAACAGCGUAUGACUGUUUGUAUCUCUGAGACAACAUACUCCCUCCUCUACCCCCUUAAAGCUACUUGGCCCACUGUGGAAGAUUUCCCAAGUCUACACAGCACAACUACAUCAUCAUCUAAUCACGUCUUGUAACUUGUUAAUUGACAUUUUUAUGGGAGUCACUUCAUCAGCAUAUUUACCUUCCUGCAUUUCUGUCUAAUUGUUUUCCUGCUACUUGUUUAUUUUGCUUAUUGUAAUCGUUAGCUUGGAUAAUCCGUUAAUAUGGAUGAUGCUCAGUUGUCGUGUUCAGGAUAAGGUAAUUGUAUGAUUAAACUGUACGGUCAAUUCAAGCCUUGUACAUGUAUUAGUUUCCAUAGUACUAUUGAUCAUCUUAAUCUGACUAAUCAUUUUUUGUAUUACUUUAUAGCAAAUUAAAUUCAUCUGUCCUUUUUUACUCCUGAUCAUUAUUUUUGCCUUAAUAUGUACACUAAUGUAAAAAAAUACUAAAUGAAUACAUUUCUUUCCCUCAGCCAGACUUUUUAAGUGCACUGUAUAUGAAUGUGUAUUUUUCACAGUAUGUGACCAAAGCUUCCAUUUAUUAGGAUGGAGGAAUGCUGACAUAAUCCGUACUAUUAACGGUAAAAUGGUUAAAAAAUUAAUAAAUAACAAAAAUAAAUAAUGCUGUUUACCAUAUGUGAUAUUGAUUUCAUGUGAGGGGAAAGAAACCUUGGCAAGAAAAGGUCAGAGUGACCUAUACUAGUCUGAAUUUACUAGUUACAACUAAAACAUUUGAUAUUAAAGCUAGAUGAAAACACUGACGCCUAUAUACAUGGAUGAAUGUGUCUGUGCCAGGGUUUCUCAGCUUUAGUCCCUAUCAGCUUUCCAAAUUUCCAAUAAAUGUAAUUUAAGGAUAUUUAAUACUU